AUGGCGCCGUCCGGGACUUCAAUGUUCUCCAAGCUCAGGCCCGGCCAUGCGAAGCGCAAUGCCUCGAGUCUCGCCUCGCCCGAGCCCGUCCCCAGCCCCAGUCCCGCCGCACCUCCUCUGCCCUCGCCGUCGCAGACCACCGAGUACUUGUCCUCGCCGCGCUUCAACGACAAUGCCAGCUAUACUUCCGGCUCGCCCAUAUCGCCCUAUCCGCCCCAACUGCCGCCUAUUGCACGCGUCGCCUCCAAGCUGGACAAGGCGGCUUCGCCUAAUAGCUCCCAAUAUACCGCCAGUCAGCAUUCGGGGAGUACUGGGGGGAGCAGCAAAGCCGUCCCGUCGUCUGAGACGCCUCCCCAGUCAUCCUCCCACCUGGCGCCCUCUGUCAUCUCUCCCAGCUAUUCCAACUUCUCCAAGUCGCAGACGUCGCUGCUGAGUGGCAUCAGCGACAAGCUCACGGGCAGUUCCAAGGGCACUUCAACCCCAACGGCAGCCCCCAGCAAGUCAAAAUCGAGACUGACCCUGCGCAACCCCAUGUCGCUCCUCAUGCGACGCAGGUCUGGACAGACUCUGGAUCCUCUCGCCGAUGAAUCGCUCGUUACCCAACGCUCGCCCUCGAAUGUUCCCCCCAUGCCCGAUAACUACGACCCCAGCAUCCGCGGAAAGAUCAGGGCAGAGAUUGGUCGUGCCAGCCCGCCAAAGAUAGACAAAGAGCAUACACCAGUGUUCCGUGAGCACUUUGACGACGACACCAGCUACGAGCAGUCGCAAGCUGCUAUACGAGCAGAGCAACUGGUGAACAAGGACUUCCUCGCAAGAAACUCGUACAAUUUCUCCGCCUGAGCGCUCAGCACCUCCCCCGCCGCAACCCAAGAACUCGCCGCCGCCGCCGCCUCCACCGCAGUCGUCCCCAUUGCCUCCACCACAACGUCCCCACUACCUCGACCGUCGUUCCAAGGAUUCGACAGCGGCUCUUC